GGUGGCGAACAGAGGAGAGGAGAGGUUGGUAGUGGAGCUUACAACAUAGAACCCUCCUUCCUCUUCCCUCCUUCCAGGGUGGCCGUGCAGGGAGUGUCGGCCACGUCUAGCGCACUAUUCCAGGCCCCGGGACGAGGGUGGCCUGGGGAAGUGGGGCUCCAGGAUUGCUAAACAGACGGCACCAUUGGUGGUCUCCAGUGCCGGCGCAGGUAUCUUGACUCGCUCUUAAGUGUUAUAGGUGAUUGCCUAAUGGCUGAAAAGAACCACAGGGAACUCGAAAAGGUUUAAGUUUGGAAUUUUCUGCCAUAGAAAAUUGCAACUCCACUAUAAAACAUUCUGAAGCAAUCCAGCUUCCAUACUAACAGCAAAAAUGAUUGUCAGUUACAGGUGACACAACCGAGGGACAGAGAAAUGAAGAGACCUGUGAAGACCACACAAGUACUAAAAAGCAGAGCUAAGAAUCAAAGCCCAGUCUAUGCUUAACAAGUGUUUGUUGAAUAAAUGAGUGACUUCAUUUGGACUUGAGAUACUUGCUCCUUUUCUCCUGAAUAUUCUGAAUAUGUGAUCUCAGUACUUCUGAAAAUUCUCCUGCUGUCUUUAUCUCUGGAACUUGGAACUUCACCUGGUGAUGCUGCAAUCCCAUCCUGCAACACCACAAUUUAUUUCCUGACUGGCAGCGGGCUCUGAUUCCCCUCCCAAGGCGGCGGCGGCUGAGUGGCGGAGCCCCCCAAAUGGCCUGGCCAGAUGCGGCAGGUUUGCUGCUCAGCGCUGCCGCCGCCGCCACUGGAGAAGGCUCGGUGCAGCAGCUACAGCGACAGCAGCAGCAGAAGCAGCAGCAGCAACAGCAGCAGCAGCGACAGGAGCAGCAGAAGCGGCAGCAGCGAGAGCGGCAGCAGCAGCAGCAGCAGCAGCAGCAGCAGCAGCAGCAUCUCCCGUCCCGCUGCGCCCCCAGAGCCGCGGCCGCAGCCACAGCCGCAGCCCCGCAGCCCCGCAGCCCCGCGAGCCGCCGCCCGCUCGCGAGCCGCAGCCGCCGGCGGCAUGAGGCGCGACCCGGCCCCCGGCUUCUCCAUGCUGCUCUUCGGUGUGUCGCUCGCCUGCUACUCGCCCAGCCUCAAGUCGGUGCAGGACCAGGCGUACAAGGCACCCGUGGUGGUGGAGGGCAAGGUACAGGGGCUGGCCCCGGCGGGCGGCUCCGGCUCCAACAGCACCCGCGAGCCGCCCGCCUCGGGUCGGGUGGCGCUGGUGAAGGUGCUGGACAAGUGGCCGCUCCGGAGCGGGGGGCUGCAGCGCGAGCAGGUGAUCAGCGUGGGCUCCUGCGCGCCGCUGGAAAGGAACCAGCGCUACAUCUUUUUCCUGGAGCCCACGGAACAGCCCCUAGUGUUUAAGACAGCCUUCGCCCCCCUCGACACCAACGGCAAGAACCUCAAGAAGGAGGUGGGCAAGAUCCUGUGCACCGACUGCGCCACCCGGCCGAAGCUGAAGAAGAUGAAGAGCCAGACGGGACAGGUGGGUGAGAAGCAGUCACUCAAGUGCGAGGCAGCAGCCGGGAACCCCCAGCCCUCCUACCGGUGGUUCAAGGACGGCAAGGAGCUCAACCGUAGCCGUGACAUCCGCAUCAAGUACGGCAACGGCAGAAAGAACUCACGACUUCAGUUCAACAAGGUGAAGGUGGAAGAUGCUGGGGAGUACGUGUGCGAGGCCGAGAACAUCCUGGGAAAGGACACGGCCCGCGGCCGGCUGCACGUCAACAGCGUGAGCACCACCCUGUCAUCCUGGUCGGGGCACGCCCGGAAGUGCAACGAGACAGCCAAGUCGUACUGCGUCAACGGAGGCGUCUGCUACUACAUCGAGGGCAUCAACCAGCUCUCCUGCAAAUGUCCAAACGGAUUCUUCGGACAGAGAUGUUUGGAGAAACUGCCUUUGCGAUUGUACAUGCCAGAUCCUAAGCAAAAGCACCUUGGAUUUGAAUUGAAGGAAGCUGAGGAGCUGUACCAGAAGAGGGUCCUGACCAUCACUGGCAUCUGCGUGGCUCUGCUGGUCGUGGGCAUCGUCUGUGUGGUAGCCUACUGCAAGACCAAGAAACAGCGGAAGCAGAUGCACAACCACCUCCGGCAGAACAUGUGCCCAGCCCACCAGAAUCGCAUCUUGGCCAACGGGCCCAGCCACCCCCGGCUGGACCCCGAGGAGAUCCAGAUGGCAGACUACAUCUCCAAGAACGUGCCUGCCACAGACCACGUCAUCCGCAGGGAAACUGAGACCACCUUCUCGGGGAGCCACUCCUGUUCUCCUUCUCACCACUGUUCCACAGCCACGCCCACCUCCAGCCACAGACAUGAGAGCCACACGUGGAGCCUGGAACGUUCUGAGAGCCUCACCUCCGACUCCCAGUCCGGCAUCAUGCUGUCCUCAGUGGGCACCAGCAAGUGCAACAGCCCAGCGUGUGUGGAGGCCCGGGCCCGGCGGGCAGCAGCCUACAGCCUGGAGGAGCGGCGCAGGGCCGCCGUGCCACCCUACCAUGACUCUGUGGACUCCCUGCGUGACUCCCCACACAGCGAGAGGUACGUGUCAGCCCUGACCACGCCCGCGCGCCUGUCCCCCGUGGACUUCCACUACUCGCUGGCCACGCAGGUGCCCACCUUCGAGAUCACCUCUCCCAACUCGGCGCAUGCCGUGUCGCUGCCGCCUGCCGCGCCCAUCAACUACCGCCUGGCAGAGCAGCAGCCGCUCCUGCGGCACCCGGCGCCCCCGGGCCCCGGGCCCGGCCCUGGCCCCGGCGCGGACAUGCAGCGCAGCUACGACAGCUACUACUACCCGGCGGCAGGGCCCGGGCCGCGGCGCGGGGCUUGCGCGCUGGGCGGCAGCCUGGGCAGCCUGCCCGCCAGCCCCUUCCGCAUCCCGGAGGACGACGAGUACGAGACCACGCAGGAGUGCGCUCCACCGCCGCCACGGCAGCGCACGCGCGGCGCGUCCCGCAGGACGUCGGCGGGGCCCCGGCGCUGGCGUCGCUCGCGCCUCAACGGGCUGGCGGCGCAGCGCGCACGCGCGGCGCGGGACUCGCUGUCGCUGAGCAGCGGCUCGGGCGGCGGCUCGGCCUCGGACGACGACGCGGACGGGGCCCUGGCGGCCGAGAGCACCCCGUUCCUCGGCCUGCGCGCGGCGCACGACGCGCUGCGCUCGGACUCGCCGCCGCUUUGCCCCGCGGCCGACAGCAGGACUUACUACUCCCUGGACAGCCACAGCACGCGGGCCAGCAGCAGACACAGCCGCGGGCCGCCCGCGCGCACCAAGCAGGACUCGGCGCCCCUCUAGGGGCCCCGCCGCCCCUCCGCCUCGCCCGCCCCACUGUCUUUAUGGCGAACAGAGACCACCGGCCGCAGAGAGAGAGGAGGAAAAAAAAGAAAUAAAAAUAUUUUUAUUUUCUAUAAAAGGAAAAAAGUAUAACAAAAUGUUUUAUUUUCAUUUUAGCAAAAAUUGUCUUAUAAUACUAGCUAACGGCAAAGACGUUUUUAUAGGGAAACUAUUUAUAUGUAACAUCCUGAUUUACAGCUUCAGAAAAAACAAAAAACAAAAAACAAAAAAAGAGAGAUGGGCCAAUUUUUUGACUCUUUACUAGAAACUUAUAUUGUGGUGCCUUUUGCUGUACGCUAUUCUGGGGCUCCCGGGUGGGGAGGGGGCGUCACCAGCCUCGGCCCUGAGUGGGAGCUUUGCCACCAGGCAGGAGCAUGAGGGGGUCAGGUGACUUCCAGAGGGAGACAAAGACCCAGCGGCAGCAACCCAAAAGGGGAGGUGGCCUCCCCGCUCCUCACAGCUGCUCCGGGAGGGGCUGAGGAGGUCACCCCGACAGCCCGGGCCCAGGGAGGGGGUGGCGCCCCCUCCCCCGCGGCCUCCUCCGCAGCACCUUCGUUUACAGGUCGUCUUUUCUACUUUACGCCUGCAUGUCCUUUGCAUUUCAGACUCUAGAUCGGAUGCAUGGUCACGCUGGGACCGAGAAGAGCCACUCAGUGUAUUCGAUUUGCCUCUUAGCAAUAAAACAACACCGUGUCCCUCUCACAGCCCACCCUCCAGCCCCCAAACCACCUAUGACUUCCAGUCCUGCCCUCCCACCCCCCACAACUGGGUCCACUGCUAAUUUGUCAAAAAGGUCAUUGUUUAAAAAAAAUUACAUCCCAAACAGAAACAAAUGGGCACCCUGCCCUGAGAUGUCCAAACACCUGACUGUUGACACUUGAACAUUUUUAUAUUAUAAAUAA